UUUACGGAUACCAACGGCACUUCUCGUUCUGAUGGAUUUCUUGCCUUCAAACUUUCAUGCCUAUUUUGAUAAUUUUUUUGUGAUUUUUUUAAUUGAUUUUUGUCUCUUAUUGCCUUCGGGGUGGACUUCGUAUCACCUUCUGAUCAAGGGCCUCUCUCUUUUUCUCGAUAUGGUAAAACGCCUGGUCCCUUCGUAUCUCCAAGAAAGUCUUUUGACCAGGUUUCACUCGGCUUUCUUUCAAUCCUUCAAUUCGAUUUUUCGAUCUACAGCCGUCCUUAAAGCAAAUCGUGCCGCUUCUCGAGUGAAACUGUGUUCAAAAUGGAGUGUCUACCAGAUAUUUCCAUCCAAAUGUCUUGGUUGGUCAUGCCAUCUUCAUGACAUUACCAUUUCUCUUUCUCGGCACUCUCUUUAUGCCGCUCAGUACGAAUCGACUGUAUUACAUACUCGUCCACCAAAAAUUCGUAAAACCAUAUACAGGUCCCUAUCGAAAAUUCAGAUGUGCACAAAUCAGAUGGAAUUCGCAUCUGCCGGUUUAGAAAAGACUGCAGAUUUUAGACUCGUCAGUGCGAACAAUGAAAGGAAUAUUUUUAAGCCGUUAUUGUUCACUUUCAGUGUGAUUGUCGCUUCUUGGACGGCAGCAGAGUACUACCGAGUCCACAGAUAUGUUCUACAUCGUAACUGGAGACGUUACAAGUCUCAAUUUACUAAAACGCUGCAUCAAUCAAAUGCUAAUCGUGCCCACGAGAUCGUCAUUCGAAGAUUGAACUCAGAUAAUCAAGGUUUUUUUGCGCUGCUUCAAGAAGGUGUAUCUGCCCGACUUGAAAAUCUAACGCUCUAUGAAACAGUAAUUUAUUCUUUAGUGGGUAUAAACACAGCCAUCUUUCUAUUAUGGAGGCUCCCCAUCUUGAGCACCCGAUUCAUGCUCAAAAAUUUUACUCAUACCUGUAACUCCGGUCUAUGUCGAACUCUUCUUACAAGUGCUUUUUCUCAUGCUGGAUCGUUUCAUUUCAUCUUCAACACAUUAGCCUUCUACAGUUUUUCUCAAGCUGCUGUCCCUGAACUUGGCCGAGAAUAUUUUUUGGCUGCCGUUGUCUCUAGUGCUGUUUUCUCUAACUUCUGUGACCACUUGUUUUCGACUUUUCGUAAAAGGCCUUGUCCCAGCCUCGGCGCGAGUGGCUAUGUUUACAGUAUUUUUACUUUUGUUUCUCUCACUUAUCCAAAUCAUCAUGGUCUCCUCUUUUUUCUUGUCCCAGUUCCGCUCUUGACUCUGUUGAAAUAUCUCAUAGUGUUCGACUCAGUCGGAUUAACCGGUGCCUGGACACGUAUUUUUAACAUUCAACUGGGUCAUGCAGCGCAUUUAGGAGGCGCAGCCGCCGGCGCGGCUAUUUGGUGGCUCGCUCAGCCUCAUAAUCGAAAAAAGCUUCGUAAUUCCAUGCCCCCAGAACUUGUUGAACUCUAUUACAAAACCUACGACUUUAUUAUACUAAACAAAUAGGGCUUCUACUCAAAGAGAUACUUUGGCUCACACACGUCCUGAAAUGCUUGUAAAAUUGAAAAAUCCGAUAAUCUUGCUAUAGAA